AUGGACGAGGUUGAAGCCAUGGCCUGUAGAACAGCCGUGAGGUUCGCUCUAGAGCGUGGGCUCGAAGAAGUGGUGUUUGAAGGGGAUUCUGAAACAAUCACAACUGCUAUCAACUCGACUUCUCCAUAUUUCAGCUUUUUUUGUCACAUUUUGGAUGAUGUUAAAGUUCUGGCUUUGAAUUUUGUAUCAGCAACUUUUGUUCACGUAAAAAGACAAGGGAAUGUCGUAGCUGAUAAAUUGGCUAAGGCAUCUAAACAUAUACCUUGUCCCCAUUUUUGGUCAAAUGACAUCCCUAGUGAUGUGCAACAACUUGUAAUUCAUGACAGCAUUCCUUGA